CAUUAUUGUUGGCUAUCCGGUACAAAUGUCUCAUGAUAGUCAAGAAAGAAGACGAAGAUUGGGUCAUCUAUUCGAGCCGUGUAAAUCAUGAGUGCGACCGUUCACAAUUGCACACAAUGACCGACGACCGCUACAAGUGUCUCAUAUACUGUGCGACCAACAAGUAGCCAGUGAUGCUGCCUUUCUGACAAGAAUGCUGAAAAAGAUGAAGCACAUAAUCACAAAGUGCCAAAGAAUGACUAGUCUGAAGCUUGAUAUGUCCAUGAUUCAGCAGCUGUCCAACCGCAACGAUCACGACCUGAUCUGUGCAGUUAGUCGCAGUCCCCAAGAUGACUCAGCUCAUGUGAGUCCUUCGGAUUCCAAACCUCCUUCUGUUUGUUUGUUUUGUAGGGAAUGGCACUUUGGUCAGAGCUGCCCGUGCAGAAAUCACAUUUGUGGUCUCUGUGGUAAACGGGGACACAAAGAGUCAGGUUGCCUAGCAAGUAGUCCCAUUUUGACCAGGAAGAAGCGAAACAAUACCAUACCGUCCAGACAUUCCAAUAGGAUCAGAUCUACCACUGCCAGUUCCAAUGUUGUUGGGUUCAUCAGAUGUAAGCAUACGACGGUGGAAAUCAAUGACAUUCAUGUCAAGUUGUAGCUGGAUACCGCUUAAAGUACAACCCUGAUAUCCCAUGAUAUGUGGUGCACACUCGGAUGACCGUCCCUAUUACAAACGGGCCAAACAGUACAGAAUGCGUCAUGUAUGUUAAAGUCGCUUGGUCAGUUGAACUGUCAAGUCAGAUUGCGUGAUUAAAAUACCGGCACAAUAUGUUUCGUGACUGACAAAUCGGGGUUAUGUCUACUGGCUCUUGACUGGGUGCAUGAGUUGGAAUUGCAAGAUCAGUCAGUGAACAGCAUACGUCAGCAACCUCAAGUCAAUCAUAUGUUACUACCAUCAUUCCUA